AUGUCUGCCGGUGGACGUUUACUGCGUCGCAUGCUGUUUCCCGUAGCCGUCGUGACGACAGGAGCUGUCCUGGUCUACAGCUACCGCCCACGAAACAUUCCUGGUCAUUCAUCAGCCGCAGUGCCGGCGCCGACAUAUGCCCCCGAUGGCUCCUUUACGAUGCCACGAUUCCCACACGUCAAGUCCCGCGAGGAACAACUCAAUGCCCUGCGCCUAAGCAGUAGCGGCUCGGCCGGCGACGAAUAUGAUAUGCUUGUAAUUGGUGGAGGUGCCACUGGUGCUGGCAUUGCUCUCGAUGCUGUGACUCGCGGCCUCCGCGUUGCUGUCGUGGAGCGUGAUGACUUUAGCAGCGGCACCAGUAGCAAGAGCACAAAGCUGGUCCACGGUGGUGUUCGAUACCUGGAAAAGGCUGUGUGGAACCUCGACUAUAAUCAGUACAAGCUGGUCCGCGAGGCCCUCACAGAGCGAAAGUACUUUUUGCAGACUGCGCCGCAUCUUUCUAUGUGGCUUCCGAUCAUGCUACCACUGGAUAAAUGGUGGAAGGCACCCUACUAUUGGGCUGGAACUAAGUUUUACGAUCUCCUGGCUGGAAGCGAAGGCAUUGAGAGCUCCUACUUUCUCACCCGCAGCAAAGCUCUUGAAGCCUUUCCGAUGCUCAAGCAGACUGACUUGGUUGGCGCUUUGGUAUACUACGACGGAGCACACAAUGACUCUCGCAUGAAUGUCUCCAUUGCCAUGACAGCUGCUCUGUAUGGUGCCACCGUGGCAAACCACGCUGAAGUCACAGGUCUCUUAAAGGAUGACCAAGGCCGUCUUUGUGGCGCCAAGAUACGUGACAACAUUUCUGUUCGCGAUGGCAAAACUGCUGAGGACUUUACCGUGCGCGCCAAGUGUAUCGUGAACUGCACAGGUCCCUUUACAGAUGCCAUCCGCAAGCUAGACGACGAAAAUUGCAAAGAAAUCGUUGCGCCGUCUUCGGGCGUCCAUGUUAUCUUGCCAGGCUACUACAGUCCAGGCAAGAUGGGUCUGUUGGAUCCCUCCACCUCUGACGGCCGAGUCAUCUUCUUUCUCCCUUGGCAGGGAAACACGAUUGCGGGCACCACAGACUCGCCUUGCGCAAUCACCCCCAACCCUGUGCCGGACGAGGAGUCUAUCAACUGGAUUCUUGAUGAAAUUAGAGGCUACCUCUCUCCCGAAAUCCGCGUCCGCCGCGGUGACGUUCUGGCCGCCUGGUCGGGAAUCCGGCCGCUCGUCAAAGACCCCAAGGCCAAGAACACCGAAUCGCUGGUGCGCAACCAUCUCACAUUCGUCUCUCAAUCGGGCCUUCUGACUUGUGCUGGUGGUAAAUGGACUACGUAUCGUCAGAUGGCUGAGGACUGCGUCGAUGUCGCUGUCGACGAGUUUGGCCUCAAGACCAGGGCCGUCGAGGAUGCUCCGCGACAAGACGCUCUUCAUCCCCUUGAUCCAGUACUUCGGCGUCGAGACUUCAUCCCCUUGAUCCAGUACUUCGGCGUCGAGACUGAAGUUGCCAAGCAUCUAACUGAAAGCUACGGAGAUCGUGCCUGGUCAGUCGCCGCUCUUUGCAAGCAAACAAACCAGCGUUUUCCCGCUCGCGGCGAGCGAAUCUCGCAGCUCUAUCCCUUUGUGGACGGUGAGGUGCGAUAUGCUUGUCGACACGAGUACGCACAGACGCCUGUCGACAUCCUGGCGAGACGCACGCGCUUGGCUUUUCUCAGUGCUCAAGCAGCCCUCGAGGCUCUCCCCAAAGUUAUCGACAUCAUGACCGAAGAACUAAAGUGGGAUCGUCGUAGACAGGAAAAGGAAUGGAAAGACACUGUGGACUUUCUCAAGUAUAUGGGUCUCCCCCAGCCGAUGCUGUCGGCCACCCGUAAGCAGGUUGAGCAAGGCAAGCUCGACUUUGCAAGUUCGCUCGACUGGAACAUGUACUCGCGACACGACAAACCCCAGGAAGGCUAA